AUGGGGGUUCCACAUAUAACUGGAUUUUGUUGGUGCAUGGGGUUGGAGACUGGCUGCAAGUUCAUUGGAUUUUUGCAUUUGCUGACAUCGUUCAGUCUGAUGGUUGUUUGUUCGAUAUACGCGGAGGCUUUCCGCGCCUUCGCGGGCACAGCCGAAGACGCGGGCGACCACGUGUACAGCACCUGGUACGCCAUCACCACCUCAGUGGCGGUGCUGAGCGCGGUUCACGUUCUUCUGGCCAGCUCCCUGCUGUACGGGGCAUACAAGCGAUCCUGCCGAGUGCUUCGCGGGUGGGUGUUCGUGAUGUGCGCGCUGUCUCUGUCUUCGCUGCUGUACAUCUUGGGGUCCAUGCCCUGGGGCUUCUCCUCCUCGGGCUCCGAGAUCUACUUGGCCGUGGUGGAGGGCGUUUUCUUUUACGGUUCGAUGUUGUACUGCAUCCUCUGCGUCAACAGCUUUUACCUGAUGCUGAAGAGCACCGAAGAUAUGCGGGGACCCUGCAAGGCCGACUAUUAA